UUACAGUGCACAUUACACAUAGUACCCGAUUACAACGAUUAUAUUUUCCCAGAAGAGUUUCCAUCUCAGUUACCGGUCGAUAUAGAUGCUUACCGAAUGAAUGCUUCCCUAGCCGUACAACUAUCUCACGCCUGGAUGCGUCAUGCCAAAAAACAGGCUUUAAACCGUCGUAACAUAGUAAAAAAACGCGUUAUAAGUGGAAAGGUCAUGCAGCACAACGGAUACACCGAAAUCGACCCGUACAUAAUGGAUCAUAGUAAAUUGAAUGGAAUAUCAGCAGAUAAAACAACGAUUAGAACGGUGCCAAGGAAAACGAUAGCAGCUUUACAGGAAUGCAAGUGGCCUGGACGUUACCAUGUUAUUCAGUCGGAUUAUGCGACGUUUUAUUUGGAUGGCGCGCAUACGAAGGAAUCUAUGGAGAUAUGUUCUAAGUGGUUUCAAGAGAAAAGCGGGUGUCGAGAAAAGAUUUUAAUAUUCAGCGCAACUGGAGACCGCGAUGUUGAAAUUUUACUCACUCCAAUAAAAGAUAUUAAUUUUGUAUUUGUAUACAUUGUUAUUCCAAGAGCAUAUAAGAAAUUAACUAAUAAAAAUGAUAAUUAUUCUAUACUGGAACAGAAAGAUCUGACAUCAAGAUGUUGUAAGGAUGCAGAAAUAUGGUGUGAGCUGUCAACUUCCAGCGCUAAAGUGAAAGCGUUAGAAUGUGUGUCAGAUGCACUUAUCGAUAUUAAACGUCACAACAAUAAAAUUGAUAAUCUGGCGGUUUUAAUAACUGGUUCUCUACAUUUAGUUGGCGCUGCGCUGUCUAUAUUAGAUACGAGUUUAAGUAAAGAUUAG